CGUGUGAGUUCUAUUCCCGUCAUUAUUAGAUCAACCAAGAUAAGGCUCAAAUUUUCUUCUCCAUUCCUUUCAUGGCCGCGAAACUCUCUGCAUGUCUUCAAAUCCAUUUCAUUAAUGCACCAUCCUCCUCAGACACGAAACACCCCGUUCUGUCCAACUCCAGAAGAAGAAGAAGGCUGAACAUAUCUUGCAAUUCUUCCGAUUCUCCUCCAAAAGUUGCAGAAAAACAUCGAAGCCAGAGAAAUGGCCGAUCUUUAUCUGAACAACUCAAGCCUCUGUCCACAACCCUACUUUCCGACCAGCCAAAGAAAACAAAGAUCCAAUCCAAACCCAAACCCACUUGGGUCAACCCGACUCGACCCAGACCUCCUGCUCUGUCUCUUCAUCGCCAGAACCGCGCUGCUUACUCCUACAACAACAACCCUCAACUCAGGGACGUAAAGAUAUUUGCUAAGAAGUUGAAUGAGCCUGGUCUCUCCAAGGAUGAUUUCUUGGCUGUUCUUGAGGAAAUGCCAGAACCUCUCACUAAAGAGAACGCCCUAUUGUUGCUCAACAACUUGAUAAAUUGGGAAAAAUCCCUCCUUUUCUUGAAAUGGAUCAGGGCCAAAAACCAAUUUCCACUGGAAACCAUAUUCUAUAAUGUUGUUAUGAAGUCUUUGAGGUCUAGCUGGCAGUUUGGGCUUAUGGAGGAUCUUGCUCUUGAGAUGGAGCAGAAUGGAGUUGGUCUUGAUAACAUAACAUACUCAACCAUCAUCACAGGGGCAAAAAGGUGUAAGCUUUCGGAGAAAGCCAUUGAGUGGUUUGAGAGAAUGUACAAGACAGGAUUGGUACCUGAUGAGGUGACAUACUCGUCAGUUCUUGAUGUGUAUGCUCAGUUAGGGGAGGUUGAGGAGGUAAUGAAUUUGUAUGAAAGGGGCCGUGCUAGCGGGUGGACCCCAGAUAAUGUGGCAUUUGCUGUUCUUGCGAAAGUGUUUGGUUCGAAUUCGGAUUAUGACGGGAUUAGGUUCGUAUUGAGUGAAAUGAAGGAACUUGAAGUGAAGCCCAAUUUGGUUGUUUACAACACUCUAUUGGAAGCAUUGGGGAAGGCCAGUAAGCCCGGUUUGGCGAGGUGCUUGUUUGAGGAGAUGUUGGAAAAUGGGGUUGAGCCGAACGAGAAGACCUUGACUUUCAUGAUUAAGAUUUAUGGAAAGGCAAGGUGGGGCCGGGAUGCCUUGGAACUUUGGGAAAGGAUGGAGUCGAAUGGCUGGCCUAAGGACAUCAUUUUGUAUAACACGUUGUUAAGCAUGUGUGCGGAUCUUGGGUUGGUGGGAGAGGCCGAGAGGUUGUUUAGUGAUAUGAGAGGGUUGCCGGGCGGGCGUGACAGCUGGUCCUAUACUGCCAUGCUCAAUAUAUAUGCGAGCGGGGGAGCUGUCAGUAAGGCUUUGGCUUUGUUUGAGGAGAUGUCUGAGGUUAGGGUUGACCUUAACGUCAUGGGGUGCACUUGUUUGGUUCAGUGCCUGGGGAAGGCAAAGAAAUUCGAUGAUCUGGUUAGGGUUUUUUAUUGGGCUAUGGAUAGAGGGAUCAGACCGGACGAUAAGCUCAGCGGGUCAUUGCUCUCUGUCUUGUCAUAUUGUGAUGUUGGGGGUGCAGAUGAGGAGAAGGUUUUUGGUUGUUUGUUGAAAGCCAACCCUGGCAUGGUUGCCUUCCUGAAGCUGCUGCUUCUUGGGCAAGACAGCAGCACAAGUCAUAUUGAUAAUGACUCUCUGAGAAAGGAGUUCAGAGAGAUUCUUGGGAACACUUCUCCUGGAUCCCGAAGACCCUUCUGCAACUGCCUGAUCGAUAUAUGUAGGAAAAGGAACCUCGGAAACCGGGCCCAUGAGCUGCUGUAUGCUGGGACCAUGUAUGGGCUCUAUCCCGGUCUGCAUAGCAAGACGCCAAAGGAAUGGUGUUUGAAUGUCCAGUCGAUGUCCGUGGGUGCUGCCCAAACUGCAUUUGAGGAGUGGAUGGUGAGUAUUGUUAAAAUGGUGGAGCGGGAAGAGCCGUUGUCGGAGUUUCUCACGGCUCGCACGGGGGCGGGGACCCACAAGUUCUCCCAAGGAUUGGCUCAUGCGUUUGCUUUGCAGGUGGACAGGUUUCAAGCUCCGUUCGAGGAAAAUGCUGCGGGGGUGUUCGUGGCCAAUAGGGAUGAUUUAGUGUCGUGGGUUCAAUCAAAUGCUGCUGCUGCUUCUUUACUUGCUUAAACUGCAUGCAUGCAUCAUUGACCUAACUGUGAAUCGAUCAUUUCGUUCUGAAUUUUUGUUUCGCAGAAUUGCAGCUAUUCCUGCUUCUAAGAAAAUUGGCUCAGUAUUUUUCUUCUCUUUUUUAAAGGAGUAUAAUUUCUCAGGAUUAGAAGUGGAAAUGAUGAAUUGCUCUCGUUAUAGCUCUCUCCUAAGAGUCGUCUGUAGACAAAAGUUGGUGUGGAAAAGCUAGUCUAGUUCUACGAGUCCAUUCCAAUUUUUUUUAUAAAAAGAUUGACAACAGUUGAUUGCUAAAACACCCUCUCCAUUGUUCCAAAAAAGGUGGAAUCACCCACCUCAAGCGCCCCCGCACUCUGAUUCGGCAUGCACGAGUUGUAACCUCCAUACGACCAUUAUGGGUUUCAAACCUUGGUUAUUGUUCCAAAUUUCCCACCACUCAAUUAACUGAGUUACGCGUGCAGGUUGCUAAAACUCCCUCCAUCGCAUCCCUCAAUCAAUUGACCUGUACAUCAAAUAAGAAAUUAAAAAUCUGGAACAAUAAUUUUAGACCUGUUGGAUAAACAUGUCGGAAAUAACAAGAAAUGGAAAAUUGACAAAGCUCUAUGGGAGGAAGGAAGUAGGCCUAUAAUGGUCGGGUCGAGUUUAACUUCAGACUCGUCUUUUUGUAACGAGUAUGAGUUACAUUUUAUUCCGUUUACCCAGAUUCUGAUUUGGAUUUGUUAUUUUGUACUAUAAACGGGUCGAGCAUGGUACAUGUUAUUUCGACUCGUUAAAGACUUGUAUCCGUUGAAAAUUCAUAUAUAUUCAUAUACAUACAAAUGCACAUUUAGUGACUGUCAUAUUUAUACAUAAAUGAUACUUCUUUUGUAAUUUGAAAAACAAUGUUUGUUUUUCGUUUUAGUUUUGGUUAUUUUUAACGAGAAAUGUAACUAGAUUACUUGAUUUUGAUUUAGCAAACUAUGUAAUUUGUCUCAAAUUUUAAAUUUUAU